UAUAAAAAGAGCCACCGCCCUCGAAACAGAGCUACUGCGAGAACAUCUCGGAGAGCCUGCCUGGAUCCUAGCACUUCAGAAGGUCUCAGAGCGUCGCAGAGCAAGUGAGCAGCACAGCCUUCUUGUCAGCAGUCCUCUCCGCAACACGUUUUUCUUUUAGACAUGGCAGUGAAUUGGCUAGAGACGUGCGCCCACACCAUAGACCAGCUGCACCUGGAGCCGAUGCCCACGCUGGAGCUGUGGUUCAGUGGGCAGCUGAACAUGACGGAUGGCGUGUCGGAGAGGGUGUCGGGCACCACGGCGGCGCUGCUGCUCGCUCUCUGCCUGCUGAUGGCAGCGCUCAGCCAGCACGAGAGGUCUUCAGUGCCAGGGCCUUCAUUUUGUUUGGGCCUGGGUCCUCUCCUGUCUUACGCACGCUUCGUUUGGACGGGAAUCGGAACAGCAUGCAACUUUUACAACGAAAAAUAUGGAGACAUUGUCAGAGUGUGGAUCAACGGGGAGGAGACCCUAAUCCUGAGCAGGUCCUCUGCAAUCUAUCAUGUCCUGAAGCAGUCCAAGUACGUGUCCAGAUUUGGUAGUAAGACUGGCCUGCAGUGUAUAGGAAUGAAUGAGAGAGGCAUCAUCUUCAACUCAAAUAUCACUCUCUGGAAGAAAGUACGAACAUACUUUGCCAAAGCUCUGACGGGUCCGGGGCUGCAGCGGACCCUGGAGGUUUGCGUGUCCUCCACCAGCCGUCAGCUGGAGCAGCUGCAGGAGCUGACGAGUCCACAGGGGGGCGUCGACGUGCUCAACCUCCUGAGAUGCGUCGUGAUGGACGUCUCCAACAGGCUGUUCCUCGGGGUCCCCGUCAACGAGAAAUCACUACUGCUUAAAAUCCAGAAGUACUUUGACACUUGGCAAACGGUCCUGAUUAAGCCUGAAAUCUACUUCAAGUUCGAGUGGCUUCACAACAAACACAAGCAAGCAGCUCAAGAACUUCAGGACACGAUUGAAGGCCUCAUCGAGGAGAAGAGGGCAAUGCUGCGUUCCACUGAGAAGCUGGAUGACAUUGACUUCACUACUGACCUGAUCUUUGCUCAGAGCCAUGGGGAGCUGUCUGCGGAUGAGGUUCGCCAGUGUGUGCUGGAGAUGGUGAUCGCGGCCCCGGACACUCUGUCCGUCAGUCUGUUCUUCAUGCUGCUGCUCCUCAAACAGCACCCGCAGGUGGAGAAGAAACUCCUGGCAGAGCUGGACACUGUCAUUGGUGACAAGCGUCUGCGCCAUGCGGACCUGCACAGGCUGCCAGUGCUGGACAGCUUCAUCAACGAGUCCCUUCGCUUCCACCCGGUGGUGGACUUCACCAUGCGCCGGGCGCUGGCUGAUGAUGUCAUCGACGGCCACAAGGUCGCCAAGGGAACCAACAUCAUCCUGAACGUGGGCCGCAUGCACAAGACAAGAGAGUUCUUCCAGAAACCCGACGAGUUCAACUUGGAGAACUUUGACAAGAACGUGCCCAAUCGCUUCUUCCAGCCUUUCGGCUCGGGGCCUCGUGCCUGCGUGGGGAAGCACAUCGCCAUGGUGAUGAUGAAGUCCAUCCUGGUGACGCUGCUGUCGCGCUUCUCCGUGUGUCCGCAGCACAGCUUCACGGUGGACAGCCUCCCCCAGACCAACAACCUGUCCCAGCAGCCCAGCGAGCACGACGACGCCCCCAUGAUGGUACGCCUCAUCCCUCGAAAACGCUUAAGGAGCAACCCAGGAAAAGCAUAACGUCGUCGCUGUACUGUAUUGUAUGGUAUUGUACAUAGCUGUGUAUGUAUGUGAGGUCUGCUGCUGUAUUUAUCUUUAUCUUGUUGUGAAACAUGUGAAAUAUGGUGUAAAAUAAGUAUUUUAUUUCUUGUCCCUUUCGGAAAACAAAACAUGCUAAUAUUAUAUUCUGUGUCAUAUUAUUAUGAUUAUAUUAUUAUGAUAUUAUAAAUGUUACAGGAGUGCUACAAUAUUUUAUGUGGUAAUUUUACAUGAACAAAUGCCCUUUCCCAAUAGGAAUCGCACAGUAUUUUGGAACAUGUUAUUAUCCGUGUACAUAGGCAUUUUCAUUUGUUUUGUACUGAUCAUUGUAUGUUAAAAUGGUAUUUAAUAAAUGUUAUAA